AGAAUUCGAGUCGGCAGGAUUUAUCCGUGAAAGAUAUAUAAAUUUUUGAAUAAAUUUUAAUAUUUAAAUUUUUUAGAAACAUAAUUUUUACAUAAAUAAAGAAUGAUUUAUUUUUUAUGUAAUAUUUAACCUUGGUGCAUUGACAAUAAUCGAAAAUUAUCAAAAGUUUAACAAAAAAAAAUUUGUUUACAUAUUUGGUCAAAUAAAAAUAGAUGUUUGCCAAAAAUAACAUCAUGAAAUAAUGAACAUAUUACGUUUUAUAAAUUUAUGGUAUUGAAAAUUGAUGAAUUCCAAUAAUAUUGUUCUUAAAAUAAAAAUAUAAAAAUUAUAUUGCAAUAUUCAUAAUGUUACAAAGAAGUAUUCAAGUAGCCGAAAUUCUUAAAUUCCGCAAGAGUAUAUUAAAAAUUUCAAACAAUGAGAUAUCAAGAGAUUUUUCAUAUUAUUUAGUUAAACAAGGUGUAAAUAUAAAAUUUUUGAAUAAAAAUUUAAAAUGGAGAACAUUUUCAUCGAAAAACUCAAGAGACAAAAUAGAAGCGAGUGCUGUUGCAGAGGAGAAAAAAGUUGGUUAUUCAAAUAGAGAAUUGAAUUUAGAUAAAGGACCAAAAGAAAAGAAAACUGAAACCAUAGCAACAAAAAAAGCGCAACAAUCGUCUUUGGUUUCACCUGAAUUUAGAACAAAGCCAGAACCUAUAGAAGCCGAUUCCAAAACUCCUAUAACAAAAAAAAUUGAGAUUAAAACUAGUAAGGGAAUAUUAUCGGUUACAACUACAGUAGAAGAUGCUAAAAUUAAUGAUAUAAUUCUUGAAAAAACAUCUGCUAAAUCAAAAUCAACACCUAUUGCAAUUACGCAACCAGCAGCUGAAAUGGCUAAAGCAGGAAAAUUAGCUAGUGCAGUACCAACUUCUAAAGAAUCAGAAAAAAUUGAGAAGCCCAAAGAAACCCAACGUCUUCGUUGCGAUCUUACCCGUUCCUCACUGGAAAGGAAUUUUAUCACUCCGACACGAGCAAUAUCCGAUUUCCUUCUAAAAGCCAGCGACUUAGAAUCUUUAUCAAAAAUAAAAAGACGAUCACCAUAUGAACAAGAACCACCGAUGACUGUUUAUUGGAGAAAAGAUGUUGAAGCAAAAGCAAUCGAAGUUUGGGGAUCCCGUGAAAAUUUGUUAAGGGAAUGUUUAAAAAGAGAAAUCGAGAGAAAAAAAUUUCAGCAGAAUGUUUUUACUGUAAAAAGGCGACUUCGCGAUUUUAGACGUGAAAUUGGUAUUAGAGCUUCCGCUGAUGCAGUGGAAGACUUAGAGCUGAAUGGUUUAUCUGGAAAAUCAGGACGUGUUGUUUUAAUUGCAACAGCAAUUAACGCCACAAAUUUUGUGUUCAAAGUUUUUGCUUGGUUAUAUACAGGAUCUCACAGUAUGUUUGCGGAAGCCAUCCAUUCUUUAGCUGAUACUUCUAAUCAAUUAAUAUUAGCAUAUGGAAUUCAUAAAUCAGUUCAAUCUGCCGAUACUGAACAUCCAUAUGGUUAUUCUAAUUGGAGAUAUGUUUCGUCUUUGAUUUCCGGAGUGGGAAUUUUUUGUGUAGGAACCGGUUUAUCAAUUUAUCAUGGAGUACAAGGUUUAAUGCAUCCUGAGCCAAUGCAAGAUUAUUUUUGGGCCUUUUGUAUUCUUGGUGGUUCUCUAGUUUCUGAAGGUGCCACACUUUUGGUAGCCGUAAAUGAAAUUAAACGUUCUGCUGCAAAACGUGGUAUAUCUUUUAAAGAAUAUGUUCUUAGAGGACAGGAUCCGUGUGUAAAUGUCGUUUUAACGGAGGAUGCUGCUGCAGUAGCUAGUGUUGGAGUUGCUGCUACGUGUAUGGCAAUAUCUACUUAUACCGGCAGUGGAGUUGCUGAUGCUGUUGGUUCACUAUUAGUUGGAAGUAUUUUAGGUUGUGUAGCGGCUUUUAUAAUACAUACCAAUGUCUCAGCAUUAGUUGGAAAAUCAAUACCUGAAGAUUAUCUAAAUAAGAUUAAUUCAGAAUUAGAAAGUGAUGUAAUGAUUAGAGCUAUUCAUGAUGUUAAAGGUGUUGAUAUGGGAAAUAAUUUAAUAAGAUAUAAGGCUGAAGUAGAUUUUGAUGGACGAGAAUUGACACGAUCAUAUUUAGAUAAGCAAGAUUUGGGAGAACUUUUGAAGGUAGUGAAAUCAUUCCAAACAGUAGAAGAAGUUGAACAAUUCUUACUUAAACAUGGCGAAAAUAUCGUUGAUUUAAUGGGCGGAGAAAUUGAUAGAAUUGAAAUGAAAUUAAGGAAAAAAUUCCCAGAAUUGCGUCAUUGUGAUUUAGAAAUCUUAUAAAGUUUUUUAAUGAAUUAGCAAAAUAAAUAUACAACAAAUUUUAAUUAAAUUAUUGUUAUGACAAUUUUUCUUUGAAGAAAUUACCAAGUUUAACUGAAACUAAUUCGAAUUGUGAAAAAGUUGAUAAUGUAUUUAAAAAUAAACCUUUAUUUAAAUAAAUAUACAUAAUAUACGCUUUGAUUAAA